GUCUCAGAUUUAUCUCGGGCGAAGAGGAGAUUGGAGAGUUGGCAAACGAGUGGGAGAGCUUUUGUGCUGCCUGGGGCAGACGGUUAGCUGUGGAAUAGCCAGGCUCCUUUCAGGUGGCCUUCGCCUGCUGAAAGAAAAUCCAGGAUGGGACUGUGGCCUUGUCUUCUCCUGCUGUCUGUUGCCGCUGCAUCUACACACUGGCAGAAGGAUUCCCUUCUCAAUCAGCACUGGGACCUUUGGAAGAAGAAGUACGGCAAGGACUAUCCAAAUGAGGAAGCAGAAGAAAAUCGUCGCAUGACUUGGGAGAAGAAUCUACGGUUGAUCACGUUGCACAACCUCGAGCAUUCGCUGGGCUUGCAUUCGUAUGAACUUGGCAUGAAUCAUUUGGGAGACAUGACGAGCGAGGAGGUGUCUGCCUUGAUGAGUGGGCUGAAAGUUCCUGACUUGCGGAACCAGAAUUCCUCAAUUUACAGACCCAGCCGAUGGGGCAGCGUCCCUGAAUCUGUGGACUGGAGGGAGAAGGGAUGUGUCACAGACGUGAAGAACCAGGGUGCCUGCGGUGCCUGCUGGGCGUUUAGUUCUGUUGCGGCACUGGAAUGCCAGUUGAAACUCAAAACGGGGAAACUCAUCUCGCUCAGCCCGCAAAACCUUGUGGACUGCUCCACCAUGUACGGGAAUCACGGAUGUCACGGAGGCUACAUCACUUCUGCCUUUAAGUACAUCAUAGAUAAUAACGGUAUAGAUUCGGAAGCGUUCUACCCUUACAAAGCCCAGGAUGAAAAAUGCCACUAUGAUGUUGCUGGCAGAGCAGCCACGUGUUCUAACUACGUGAUACUUCCAGCUGGAGACGAAAAUGCUCUGAAGGAUGCUGUCGCCAAUGUCGGUCCCGUGUCCGUCGGCAUAGACGCAGCUGAGCCCACAUUCUUCCUCUUUAAGCAUGGUGUGUACAAUGAUCCCAAAUGUACUGCUGACCAUAUAAAUCAUGGAGUUGUCGUAAUUGGAUAUGGAACAGAGAACAGCAUGGACUAUUGGCUUGUGAAGAACAGCUGGGGUAAAUAUUUUGGUGACCAAGGAUACAUUAAAAUUGCAAGGAAUAACGGGAAUCGGUGUGGCAUUGCCAGCCAAGCUGUAUAUCCACUAAUUUAGAAAGAAUUUCCAGUUCUCAGUGGAUUUUUCUUCACUGGAGAAGAAGCCUGUUAGGCAACUAAUCUUUGACAUUUUUUUUUUAUAAAUCAAACUGCCGGUGAUUGGCCUCCAAGGGGAAGUUCUCCUGUCAGCUCCACCUGGAAGAUCAGAGAAUCAGCCAAAAUGAUGGUUUAGCUUGGUAUUUGUUAAGUGUCCUGUGGGGUACUAUGAGGCUCAGUGACUUAAUAACAUGAAGACUGCGGUUCUUCUAUGAAAAACUGAAGCUUCACGUAAUUGCUGCAUAUUAUCACUCGUGCCACCUCAAACUGUGUCUUAAUAGAGGCUCUGCCAAGUUUGUAAGAAGCCCUGUGAUAUCAGAAAUUUUAACUGGCUUUACGAUUAAGGAGGUGUAACAUGAACAGAUGGACACAGGGGGUACGCACACGCCCGCGAAAGAAAAUGGCAUUAUCUUGGAAUUGUAAGGCUCUCACAUGCAUUGUAAAUAGUACAGGGGGCAUAUAUGGAUGCCGCUUUCUCUGACUUCAUUUACUUAUUUCUGAACUUAUGUCACAUGGUUGUAAUAUUCUGAAUGCCCAGGCUAAUAUUCAGCUGAAGUUAAGGAAUAAAGCGCAUUGAACAUG